AUGAGUAUUUCCAGUCACACGGGAUUAAUUGCCAGUCAACCGAAAGUGGGCCACCGGAUCACACAAGUGGGUGCAAUUUUGCCGGAAGAUGACUUCUCCUCCGUUUUUUUGCCCGUGACGAUGCGAUGUAACUUGUCCUUUGCCCAGCAGCAACCAUCGAGAGCAAUUACGGAUAUUUGUGCAGUGACACAGAGAGCACCCCUCCUUCUGCGCCCCUUCGCCGCAAUCUACAACCCCUACUCGAAGAGCUGCUCGGUGCUGUGCAACCACCCGGCCACUCCAGAAGUUAAAAAUGUUGUUAAACUCGCCAAACAGUCUUGGGCUUCCGUGGCGUCGGCCGGACGUCGCAGAAGCACCAGCGUGAAGAUGUCCGAGUACGAUUUGCCUGACAAUGUGCCCGAGGAGCUAUUCAGGCGUUUCACGGACACUGACUCACGCCCAAUGACGCCCACGCCGACUGUGAUCAGCAACAAGACCCGCGUGAGUGUGAGCAGCUUGAAGAACUCCCGGCGUUGCGUGACUCCGGAGCCCAAGACGAUCUGCUCCAGCGAGAAGAAGAGACUGAUUCUGGAUCUCAGGCGGAGUCACAGUCAGGAGACAAUCUACUGGAACGCUCCGUCAGACAUGUCGCCGGCUCCUGGCGCCUCUUCCAUCACCGACUGGACGCCGCAGCCCGAGAAGUUGCAGAAGGAGGCGGAGACGAAGGCAGGAAAGCCUCCAGUGCCCUCCAUGGUCGUGACAUCAACCGGAAGCCCAGAGCCGAAGGAGUGUCGAGUCGAGAGUCCACCGCAGAAUUGCGCUUUCUCCAGAGACGAAAUGGAGGAUGAGCCGCGGCGUAGAGGAAAGAGACGCAAGAAGAACAGAAAUCAAACUGACACUGCCACUUUCCGUCCCAAUCAGGAUCCCGUGACGCAGGUCGCCACUCUCGUCCCGGAUUCUCCUAGCCAGAGCCAGCGUGCCUCACUCGCCACAAACGAGUCCGUUCUGAUGCCUGCCAAAAAGUCCUCCCAAGAUACUCCGCUAGCUGGGCGAAGGGAGAGUGCAAGGGAGUCCUCCUUCCUGGACGACGACCUGCUGAGCCUCCUGCGGCGUGGGAUCUGCGUAGACGUCAUCGAGAACAGCUUUGGGUCGCUCAUGAACGCCGCUCUGCGCGAAGCCAUCCGCAGUCUGCCCUUUGAUGUGGAUCCGCGUGAACCAGAAGUCGUUCGAAACGUACGUGAGACGCUAAAUUUGCCGGCAGUGAAUCACGAAAAGUGGCUCACGUUGCCGCGAAAGUACACACGACUCGUCUCACGUUUCGAAUUGCCGAUUGAUUCGACGGAUUUGAGCCAACUGACUCCCGUCGAGUACCUGAGCAAGUACGUCAGCGUGUCCAAUUAUCGGAAGCAGCUCUACCAUCGCAUCUUCAUCAGGUACAUUCCAGAGAUAAAAAUUGACGAGCUGGGCGAGCGCGAGGCGGACUGGGAGGCGGGACAGGAUGAUUGGGCAGCAUGCGAGGACAUGGCGAGUGAGUAUCUCAGUCAGCGCCUCAUCCCAGCCGCGCACAUGCAGGAGGCCCUGAAAACCGCCCUGCACCCCCACGGCAGCCCCACAACACUGGCCACCGUUGCCGACAAACUGGCUCUCACACCCCACGAUGGAAUCAAUUUUCGCGCCUGGUGCGGAAUUGUGGCUUUCGCUGAGCGAUUCAUCACCACAAUCCACCGUGAGCGCGAUGCGCGGCAUGAGAUUGAAGUGACGGAUUUCGAGUCGCUGGAUCGCAGACUGAACGGAAUCGACGUUCAUCCGCGACUCAAGGAAAUUCUCUACAUCAUCAGGAGUUGAGAUUUUGAUGGCAUUUGCAUGGGAAAGCAACACAAUGCGAGAUAGUGAGAAUGCGGUGAAACUUCUUGCUAUGUUUACAAGCGCAUUUUCACCAAGCAAACACGGUCGAAUCCGGAAGGUGUGCUUAAAUCAACUACAUGAAAUAAUACUAAAUUUUGCGGAUAAUUACCUGUAGUGAGUAUACAUAGAAGAUCAUUGUAAAUUACCAUAGCAAACAGGAAGUUUGCAGAAAUGAAAAAGCAUCAUAUUUAAACACUCAGUUAUUAUGUGUGUGCAAACCAUGUUAUUCUUUACAAUAGAACAAUUACAAUGAAGUAGAAUGAAAAUGCUACAUUUUUCGCUGAAUUUAGCCAAAAACUAAUGAAUCUCCACUUGUGAAUACAGAUUAAAAUCGUGCAAUACUUUAUUUACAGUCUUUAAUUAAGCAAAUAUUAAAUACCACCAAAAUUAUUGCUUUACUCUCUUUUGCGACUUGUGCCCAAUCGUAAUUCUUGGGCUUGUAAUCUGAAGAAAGCCACGGCGAGUGGAAAAUUGAAUUUUUCCCACCCCGCGAAGCGGAAGUUGUGGGUG